GCAGGUUCUAAGGACGAGUAUAAGUCAAAAUUAAAUUGGUUCGACGAAAUGCACAGUUUUAUUAAAUAUGCACCUAUGAAAAGGAAAACAACGGACAGUCAAGAAUCAGCAAUAGAUGAAGAGCAAGAUAACAGCCAAAUGAGCCAAGCCAAGAUUGAAAAUAGCAAAGAAAAUAAUAUUGGCAACAGCAAUGACAAUAGUGAUAACAGUGAAGACGUUGCCAAUUCUGAAAAUUUUUCACCACAGCCAUCUACAUCUGCGACAGGUAAUAUACCACAACGCAACGAGUCUGCGACACCAACUGCGAAAACUACUAGUAAAUCAAACUAUAAAAUGUCAGCUCCAACUCUGAAAAAGAGAAAAAAUGACAUCAUUGGUUAGGGAAAUAAAGUCGAUGAAGGAUGAUUUAAAUAGUACAUCUACGGAUGAGCAUUCUACACCACAACAAAAUGAGCAUAUUUUUGGAACUUUUGUGAGUAGCCAACUGAAAAUAUUAUCUACUGCACGAGCUAUUAUGGCUCGGGACAAAAUCAAUGCAUAUUAUCUCAGUUUCGCAUGGAAAAUCUGAACUGCGUAAACACCACAUUUACAUGCAAGACGGCUAGUAGUCAUUGCUCUUCAGAUUCACACACAACAAUUAAUACUGUACAAUUGCCACUUACAUCAGAAGAGUCGGUUUUGUCAAUAAUUACAGAAAAUGAAGAUAAUUAGCAACCACAAAAUCCAAUCGACCAGAUUAAUAUCGAUUUUUUACGCCAGGACAAU